UUGAAGAAAACACAACACACCAGAGGAGCCCUAAUGGGACGCACUUGGAGCCCCGGACGCACAUGUAGAUAGAGAUCGAUUCCUGUCUGAGCCCUGCCGAGGGGGGAAGCCUAUCCAGUGGGAUAUUACCAUCACCUGGAGAGAGAGAAAGAGAGAGAGAGAAAGAGAGAAAGAGAGAGAGAGAGAGAGAGAGAGAGAGAGAGAGAGAGAGAGAGAGAGAGAGAGAGAGAGAGAGAGAGAGAGAGAGAGAGAGAGAGAGAGAGAGAGAGAGAGAGAGAGAGAGCAGGUUCCUUCUCAAUCAGCGGGCUCUAAUAGAGCCGGUCUACAGCUCCAAAUUUUUUGAUUGGAUUUCCGAAUCAUUCACAAAUCAACUGUUUCUGACAUUCAAACUUCACAUUGGUGUCUGAGGAUGUGUACAUUUUGCAAGCUUGGGAUUUUGGUGGUCUUUUGGUGAGGCACUAUAUAAACACCCCACGCCAGUGAGACAGGGGCCCGCGUCUGGACGACUACCAUGCACUGACAACAAGGCAUGGAAAGCAUCAGCCGCGAGACCCUCUGGGACGGGCUAGGGCUCUUCUCCACGGUGGACGCCGAAGGGACCAACGCCUCCUCCUUCCUGUCCCAGCUGACCUCCCUCAACACGUCGCGCGUCGGCGGCGAUGGCUCCUUCCUCGGCGUGUUUCCGGGGAACGCCUCCACGGCCACCCCUCACACGCUGGCCCAGCCCCGGGUGAGGGACGCGGGCCUGGCACGUGCCGAGAUCACCGUGCUGUCCCUGAUCCUGGCCCUCACCACCCUGGGCAACGGCUUCGUGCUGUGGGUGCUGCUGCGGCGGAGGAAGCAGAACGCGCCCAUGCACCUGUUCAUGGUCAACCUGUGCGUGGCCGAUCUGGUGGUGGCCUUCUUUCAGGUGCUGCCCCAGUUGGUGUGGGACAUCACGGAGAGGUUCCAGGGCCCCGACCUGCUUUGCCGGUCCGUCAAGUACAUGCAGAUCGUCGGCAUGUUUGCGUCGCCCUACAUGAUAGUUGCCAUGACGGUGGACCGCUACUACGCCAUCUGCUGCCCGCUGCAGGCCUACCGAGGGGGAACCAUGUCCCGCUGGAACACCCCCAUCAUGGUGGCCUGGGCCCUGGCACUGGUCUUAAGCAUACCGCAGGUGUUCAUCUUCUCCCGCACCGAGCUGCCCACUGGGGAGUACGACUGUUGGGGCCAAUUUGCGGAGACGUGGGGCCUCAAGGCCUACGUCACCUGGAUGACCGUGGCCGUCUUCAUCCUGCCAGCGCUCAUCAUCACCGUCUGCCAGAUAAGAAUCUUCCGGGAGAUCCACAACAACAUCUACCUUAAGUCGGAGAGGAUUGUGACGGCGGAGCUGAAGAAGAACGCCGUUCUCUUCCGCUUCCAGAGCUUCAAGAAGGACGCGGAGCGGGCCCGCGAGCGAGCCAGGCAGGGGUCCAGCGGAGGAGGUAAAGGAGGAGGAGGAGGAGGAGGAGGAGGAGCGGGAGGAGGUGGUGCAGUGGGGAACAGAGGAGCACCGCUUCUGAAGGCGGUGCAUAACAACACCUCCGGCUCCCACGCACCCAGCAGUAAGGCGGGGGAAUGCUACGACGUUGCCGCCCCGACCGCCCAGUACGGCAACAGUUGUCAGGGGGAGCAAACGACGAUAUCUUCGGCGACGAGAGAACGACAACCCCAGUGUCGCUCCGAGAGCCACGCCGGGACCCCCAGUCCGCCCGGGGGGUCUCCGUCACAGGACAGCAACGGCUGCCCCUGCGAAGAGCCCUCCUGCCAGGCCAUCGACGAGACCGCCGGCCGUCCCGGUGGGGUGUCCCCCCGGUGCUCCACGGACUACGUCCCGCCCCUGCCCCCCAGCCAGCAGCCCCCCAGCAUCACCAAGGCCAUGACCAAGACCGUGAGGAUGACGCUGGUCAUCGUCCUGGUGUACACCGUCUGCUGGUCGCCCUACUUCAUCGUCCAGCUGUGGGCGGCGUGGGACCCCAAACCUCCAGGCGAAGGCGUGGCCUUCACCAUCCUGAUGCUGCUGGCCAGCCUCAACUCGUGCACCAACCCCUGGAUCUACACGGCCUUCUCCAGCAGCGUGUCUAGAGAGCUGCAGAGCCUGCUGCGCUGCCGACCACGGGCCAGCCGUCGGGGCUCGCUGCCCGACGACUCCACCACCACACACACCUCCAUCACCAAGGAUACCGUCUACUAACUCAACCACGCUCACACACACACACACACACACACACACACACACACACACACACACACACACACCACACACACACACACACACACACACAC